ACCAACCUCAUAGCAAGAGAAAGAGAAAGCAAUGGCAGCCGAGUCUUCACAAACCAUGACAACCCCCACGGACGCCGAGCUGGUCCAGGCGCAGGCUGACCUUUGGCACCACUGCCUCAGCUACCUCACACCAAUGGCGCUAAGGUGCGCCGUUCAGCUCGGCAUCCCUACCGCCAUCCACCGCCUCGGCGGCGCCGCAUCGUUACCCGACCUGGUCACCGCGCUGUCCCUCCCGACAUCCAAGGUGCCGUUCGUCGGCCGCCUCCUGCGGCUGCUAGCCGCGACGGGUAUCCUGGCGUCCAACGAGGCUGGGAUGUACAGCCUCGUCCCACUGUCCUACCUCCUCGUGGAUGGUGUACGCAUUGACGGCGAUGCCAGUCAGACGGCUUUUGUGCUCACCGUGACCUCGCGCCAUUUCAUGGAGGCGGCCAUCGGGCUGGCCGACUGGUUCAAGAAUGAUAUCCCUCCGCCCGUGCCAUCACCAUUCGAGGAUGUGCAUGGAGCGGCACUCUUCGAGGAGAGUAUGGCGGCCCUCGACCCCGAGUGUGACAAGCUGUUCAAUGAAUCUUUGGCUGCUCAUGAUCAUAUGGGAAUCGGCACGAUAUUGCGGGAAUGCCAUGGCAUAUUCAAUGGCUUGCAGUCGCUCACCGACUGUUGUGGCGGUGAUGGAACGACAGCUAGGGCCAUCGUUAAGGCUUACCCGCAUAUAAAGUGCAAUGUGUUGGACCUUUCGAGGGUGAUCGAUAAAGCUCCGAGGGAUGGUUUCGUUAACUAUAUCGCCGGCGACAUGUUCCAUUCCAUCCCACCUGCUCAAGUUGUAAUGCUCAAGCUUGUUCUACACUUCUGGAGUGACGAGGAUUGCAUCAAUAUCCUAGCCCAAUGCAAGAAGGCCAUUCCUACCCGAGAAGCGGGAGGAAAAGUAAUUAUCAUAGACAUUGUGGUCGACUCUUCUUCAGGAAAGAUGUUUGAAACCCAACUGUUGAUGGAUAUGGCAAUGAUGGUAUAUACUAGGGGAAGACAGCGGGAUGAGCAGGAUUGGAAUGCCAUCUUUGUGAAAGCAGGGUUUAGCGACUACAAAAUUGUCAAGAAACUGGGAGCUCGAGGUGUCAUUGAGGUCUAUCCAUAAGGUUGUGCUUCAAAUAAUGUGAUGGCAACCCUUCCGUAUGUAUAAAUUAGUGGUGUGCUAUAAGAACUAAAUAAGGCGUCGGUGCCUUACUUUUAUGUAUGUCCGUGUGUGUGUGCGUGCGUAUGUGUGUGGAUUAGUUUCGAGAAGUGUUGAGGCACUCGGUGUGUGAGUGUCCAUGUUUGUGUGCUCCAACAAGCUGAGACAUUAAGCUUAUUUUGCAUUAUGGUAUAUGCAUAUAAUCUUGUA